GGUAAACAAAAACCUCAAAAACGAACAAUUUCCGUAAUUUUUCAAGUAAAAUCAGGAAAUGUCGAAUCGUUACGGUAACAGAUACGCUCGCGGAGGUCGAGGAAGAGGCGGAAAUUUCAACUCGAAUCGCAGCAGAGAUGAUGACUCGACAGCCGGAUUUUCGCGUGGCGGAGGGCGCGGAGGACAUCCAGCAGGGUUGCGAGGACGAGAUAUCGGCUUAUAUUACGCCUCCAUGAGCAAACAACGUCGUGAGGAAGACGAAAAACGCUUGGAAAAAGACAUAACAAUCCCUUCUAAUAAAAUUUUGGAGAUCCAAAAAUACCUGAAAAACUGUAAAUACCUUUUGGAUGACCAGAAAAAUGAAUUUUCAGAAGAUUCUGAAGCAAAAAAGUUUCAACAAGAGUUCGAACGUGUCACAAAAACCGAAAUGGAGGAUCAAAUCCAACUUUCAAUAGCGAUGCGGAUGAGCCAAGAACCGGAUGAAACGAAAAAAAUCAAUUUUUCCAAGCCAAAAGGGAAUUUAGAGCUCCAAAAUUUCCGUGAAAAGCUCCCUUGUUGGCAAUUUCGUGAUGAAAUCGUAAAAAUUAUUCGCGAAAAUCAAGUUGUUCUCAUCAAAGGGGAGACAGGAUGCGGAAAAACGACGCAAGUAACGCAAUUUAUCCUCGAUGACGCGAUAAAAUCUCAAAAUUCCCAAAAAAUUUCCAUUGUUUGUACCCAACCUCGUCGAAUUUCUGCUGUUACUGUAGCAGAACGUGUCGCAAUCGAACGCGGCGAGAAAUUGGGCGAUUCUGUCGGUUACAACAUUCGUUUGGACUCGAUAAUGCCCCGAAAUCGCGCGGGAAGUAUCUUGUAUUGCACCACUGGAUGCGUUUUAAAGUAUUUGGAAUCCGAUCCGGCGUUGCUGGAUGUCACUCAUGUCAUUCUAGAUGAGGUUCAUGAACGAGAUACGAACUCGGAUUUGUUAAUGGGCAUCUUCAAGGUCAUCAUUAAAUACCGCCCGGAGCUUAAAAUUAUCCUCAUGAGUGCGACUUUGAAUGCGGAAGUCUUCGCAAAUUACUUUGACGGAUGCCCGACACUCGAAAUUCCGGGAAAAAUUUAUCCUGUCGACGAGUUUUACUUGGAAGAUGUACUGUCGAUGCUGAAUUUCACGCAAUUUCGGGAAAAUAGUAGGCGAGAAAUGCCUUUUUGGGCACGACAUCGUCGCGGAUUUAAAGAUCCAGCAGCAGAUUUGAGGGAAAUUUUAUCGCCUCACGUGUCGGGGUUGCGAAAAAAAUUCGGACCGAACGUUGUUCAAGCACUAAUGAACCCCCAAUCGGAAAAUGCUGACCUGGAAUUGAUCGAAGAAUUAAUUUUUUAUAUCUCGAUGAAUUUAGGGCCUGGAGCGAUUUUGGUUUUUCUUCCGGGAUACGGGCAAAUAUCGAAACUUUGUACAAGUUUGACCAAAUCUGGGCGAUUUCCCGAAAGAAAAUUCAAAAUUUUUCCGCUUCAUUCACUUUUGACGGGCGCCGAUCAGAAAAAAGUCUUCGAAAGAUGCGAACAAGGCGUUCGAAAAAUAAUUGUAGCAACAAAUAUCGCCGAAACUUCGGUUACCAUCGACGAUGUCGUCUACGUGAUCAACGCUGGGAAGCGAAAACUCACGAAUUACGAUGCAGAAACGAAUGUUCAGGUGUUAGAGGAGAUGUGGGUGUCAAAAGCCAAUUCCAAACAACGAAAGGGUCGCGCAGGACGAUGUCAACCCGGGAUUUGUUAUCAUUUGUACACGCGGGCGCGUGAAAAUUCACUCGAGGAUGACAUUUUGCCGGAAAUUCAGCGAAUUCGCUUAGACGAUAUCAUCUUAUCAUUGAAAAUUUUGGGCAUUUCUGACGUAAAAACUUUCCUGUCGAAGCUAAUUUCGGUCCCAAACCAAAAAAUCAUCGAACACAGCAUGACAUUGCUCAAAAGACUUGAAGCUUUAACGCCUGAAGAGCUUUUAACGCCCCUCGGAUAUCACUUGGCUCGAUUGCCGGUCGAUGCGCAAACCGGCAAAAUGAUUCUUUUUGGCGCGCUUUUUAGUUGUCUUGAUCCCGUGACUUGCAUUGCGGCGAGUUUGACGUUUCGCGAUCCUUUUUACACCGUCAUGGGCAAAGAACGUGAAUUGGAUAGAAUUAAACUUGAAUUUGCUCGGGACUCGAAAAGUGAUCAUUUGAUGGUUGCGAAUGUCAUGAGAAAUUGGCGACGAGCGCAACAAGAAAGAGAUAAUAAUUUUUUGCGCGAAAAUUUUUUGAGUUUUCAAACGUUGAAACAACUCGAGGACAUGCAGGAACAAUUUUAUAAACUUCUUGGUGAAGCGAAAUUCAUUGAAGGACGAGGAGUUUUGGAUCAAAAGACGAAUCGCAACUCAGACAAUGAAAAAGUCGUGAGAGGAGUCAUUUGUGCGGGACUUUAUCCGAAUAUUGCGAAGAUUAUGAGGGUUAAAACGAGGAAAAAUUUCGCUGAUGCAACUCCAAUGGUCGAAACCAAAGAAGAUGGCAAAUGUUCGAUUCAUCCGUGUUCCGUUAAUGCUCGACAGAGAACUUUUAAUCAUCAAUAUCUUGUUUAUCAUCUGAAACAAAGGACGCAAAAGCUUAAUAUUCUAGAUUGUACGACAGUGAGUCCUUAUUCUAUUUUGUUUUUUGGCGAUUUGAUCGAAUCCAAGCCAGAAGAAGGAACAAUUCAAGUAGCAGAUUACCUGAAAUUUAAAUGUGAUGCAGAAACACAAAAAUUGCUGAUACAACUGAGAGAAGGAUUAAAUAAAUUGUUGAAGGAGAAAAUUUGGAGACCUUCGCCUGUUGAUUGGGAUGGACAUGAAGGAGCGCUUUUGAUGGCAAUCAUCCAUCUUCUCUCAAUAGAAGACUCCAACGAAUACGACGACGACUGUGAUGACUUAAACUACAGUUGAAAAAAAAAAUAUUUUUUAUUUCCCGACAAUAAAUUUAAAAGUUUUUUAUAAAAAAAA